AUGGCGCGGUUCGAUGACAUCAAGGCGUACAUUGCGAAGACCUCGGGUCGGACCAGCGACGGAGUUCGCAACGAGGACCGCAUCGAGCGGCUACUUGUCUGCGCCGAGCAGGCCAUCUACCGACUCCUCAUCCCCUUAUCGCCAGCUGAUCUCGUCACCCUUGGGACACUAAUCGGGGACAUUGUCCCGACCGUCUCUCCCGCUGUAAGUGAUGCCCAGAAGGCCGGCGCACCUGCCGAUGCUGUGCUUGCCCUUGGCCUCCCCGCGUUCAACAUGGAGGUGUACCACAAGAAGACGCCUGGUCGCAGCGGAACGUUGACCUGCUACGUGAAGGCGAUGCUUGCACGCGACGCUACCACCGGCAUGACAAGCUUUCUGUCCUUCGUCGAUAAGAUACUCAGCGCGCUUGCGCUGAUGUCGGUCUACGGCUCGCCGCGCACCAAGUGCUUCAAGCCUGUUCAGGGCAAGCUCCAGAAGCUGUACCACCUGGCUUCUAACGAUUGCGUGGAGAAGACCAAGAGUGCAGUCGCCGUCUGGUGUCAGCUCUACCUCGACAUGCCCGUCGUCGGCGCCAAGCGCGCCCGCGCAUCGACAGCCUCGGCCACAGACGACACCCGCCCACGCAAGCGUCGCAGCUGAGCGCUUACUAUUGUGCUCAAGGAGGAUCCCCCAUGGGCUUCUCAUGAGUCACAUUGCUCGAUUAUCACCCCUUUUUUCUCUAAAGAUAACUCGAUCGCA